CUCUCUUGAUGCGAACUGCGACUUACAGUUACUGAAAGCAGCACGGUUUGAAGCACAUGCUCAACAUGUGAACGAAGCAGCACGCUGGGCGUGAAGUACAAACUUCCAGCAACUGAAAACCGUCUUUACGACAUACCAUUUCCGCCUAUGGCAAUCUCCCCAUCAGACUUGGAAAAGGCCAUCAUGUCUGAAGUGAGUAGGCCACCUUCAUUAUCGCCUGACUUACUACCCCUUCUGUUGCUUCCAUCUCAUUGUCCUCGAUAAUCAGAGUCAACGUUGCUAACCCCCGCAUAGAGGUUCGGAAUUCAAUUCGAAACCGCCGAAACCUACCUUGUAGGGACGAAAUCGCAGCAUAUCCGCGUAUCCUUCGAUGAGCUCAUGAGCUUCUUCGGAGGUGUCGUCGCGCUCCUCGACUACGGAGUGACAUGGCGCGUCAUCAAGGGCGUCCUCCAGAGAUGGCGUCGACCCGGAUGGAACGAGCUGGAGGGAUCUGAUCCCGUUUGGGUCGACAAUUCAGGACCGCUCUACUACGAGAUACGCCAUGGUCCUGAUUCUAUCAAGGUCUCCCCGUCCGACCUGGAGAGCUCUCGGUUCGGCAUGGUAAUCAAGAGACAAUGGGAUGAUGGAAUGAAUGCAAUGGGCAAUUUAUGGAUGACUAAGAUUGUCAUCCAGGCACUGUUGUCUGGACUGUGCAGAAAGACAUUGGGAUAUCUUCGCUUGAAGAGUAUUGGAGGGUUGUGAGGACACGAUUUGAUCUAUAGUUAUCAUGUUGGAUGAUUGGCGUUGGGAAAUAGCAUGGCUGGCUGGCUGGUUGAUUCUGGGUGCGGUCCAUUCCAGUUUCCAUACUCUUAUUGUCUAUCCUUGACGGGCAUUUUCCUCCCGCCAUUGAAGGUCCCACAACAGAUUCGAAGAUACGAAUUCUGAAUACGGAGUAUUCACAGCUGUAUCGGAGAAAGCUUCCGGG